AUGGAUUACUUUGCUAAUUAUGAAGUAGUAGUAGAGGGUGAAGAAGGGGAAGGAAUACAAGAAGAAUUCACACAUCCUCAGUGGCACAUGACAUCAACGGAUUCCAUGAUUAAUGAUGAAAUUACAGAGUUGCUCAAUCGGCUUCCACGUAUUAAACUCCGUCCAGAUCAUGCACUUACACAAGAUGCGAACGAGGAGCAAGAAGAGUCCACCGCGUUGACGCCGCUUCAAGACUUCUACUAUGAAAGAGACAUCGGAGGUCACUUUAUUUCGGAAUCAACUCCUGAGUAUUCCAUAUCAUCUGAUCAUUAUGGAUUCCUUACUGAAGUUGCAUCGUCUUCACCUGAUCUCGAGCAAAUCAUUUUCCAAUUGCGAGAUGCACUCUUUCCAACGGCUACUGAGGAUGAACUAGAGUAUCUACUACAAGAUGUCUUUCCCACCUCCGCCGGAGCUGCUGAUGAUGAGGUUUUCUAUAAUAAAGAAUCUGGAUUGUGCGAAGAUGUUGUUCUGCAGAAUCUGCUACCACGAGCAAGCCUACAAGAAGAUGCGGAAGAGAUUUGUUCAAUAUGUCUUGAAAACUACGGAGCACAAGAAGUGAUUGGGAAACUACGUUGCGGACAUGAACACCAUCUAGAUUGUAUCAAGAACUGGAUUUUAGUGGAUAACUCGUGCCCUCUUUGCAAGACCCAAGCUGUCUCGAUGCCUAAGUAA